AUGCGGAUGUGGUCGCAAAACUUGAUUUCUGUAAUUCACUUCUUCACAUCAAGUAAUCUUCUUCUCACGCUGGACGAUUCUUGCUGUGAGCGUCCUGAAGAUAUGGAUAAUAUUAUCCGACGCAAUGACGCUGGGGUGAUUUCGGGCCUGAAUUUUCCCGAGAAGCUAAUUAUCAUUGCGAACCAUCAGAUCUAUGCAGACUGGAUGUAUAUUUGGUUUGUUGCUUAUUUAGCCAGGGCACACGGCGCCAUUAAAAUCCUGCUGAAACACAGCCUGAAAUAUUUACCGUUUUAUGGCCAGCGAAAAAUCGCCCAGGACCAACGCAACAUUGUUCAUAAUUUAGAAAGAAGAAAAAAACUCAAUCGGCCAUUAUGGCUUGUCCUGUUUCCUGAAGGCACAGUCAUUUCGAAAAAUGCUCGAGAACGCUCACAAGCUUAUGCAGAGAAAAAUCAUUUGAGAGACAACAGGUUUACGUUAUUACCGAGAUCGACCGGCAUGCAUCUGUGUCUCAAGACGCUGGACGACGGUAUUGAUUGGAUCUAUGACCUGACGAUUGGUUACCCUGGUGUGAUGCCCAAUGACAUUCCAGAAGAGGUCCUGACUCUGGGCAAGAUCUUUGGUCAAGGCAAAGGGCCCAAAGACAUUCAUGUCUAUGUCCGUCGUUAUGCAGUUGAAACGGUUCCGAAGGAAUCUGAGGCAUUUUCCCAAUGGAUCUAUGAACGAUGGAAAGAAAAAGAUGAUAUGAUGACGCAUUUUUACGAGCAUGGACGUUUCCCUAAUUUCAACCAGGCUACCCAACGCGAGCGAAACAACUUCAAGGUGCCAAUGCAGCUGCAGCAUCCUGUCAUUGACUGCCUAAAACUCUGGCUGUGCUUAUUGCCCUAUGUGCCCUUGGUCUACUUGGCAAAGUUAACGUAUACCUAUUUGUACUUAUAA